UACGGUCCCACACUAAUUUCAAAAAACGAAACGACUAAACACAGCGGUCAUUCGUGAAAAAUCGGCAACGCUCGACGUUUGUGUUCAAUUCGAGUCCGUGUUAACACAUCAAUCAACCACAUAAUCCACAAUGGGCGUGCCUGCUGGUGAUGUUGAGAAGGGAAAGAAGCUGUUCGUGCAGCGUUGCGCCCAGUGCCACACCGUUGAGGCCGGCGGCAAGCACAAGGUGGGACCCAACCUGCAUGGUCUGAUCGGUCGCAAGACCGGACAGGCGGCCGGAUUCGCGUACACGGACGCCAACAAGGCCAAGGGUAUCACCUGGAACGAGGACACCCUGUUCGAGUACCUGGAGAACCCCAAGAAGUACAUCCCCGGCACCAAGAUGAUUUUCGCCGGCCUGAAGAAGCCCAACGAGCGCGGCGAUCUGAUCGCCUACCUGAAGUCGGCCACCAAGUAAAGGUGCUAUCCACAAACUCACCAACAACCUCUGCAGGAUGUCUAACUGUAUUAUUGUGUUCAGUCACAGUCCGGCAACAACAGCAACAACUACAAAUCAACAAAGUACAGACCUAAAAACUACAAUUAUGUUAAUUAUAAAGUUUAAAUAGGACAAUUUAUUAUUUAAUUUAAAUAAAAAGUGGAAUAUUUAAUUUAAA